UUUCUUUCUCUCUUUACUCCGUGGUUUGGUAGCACUGCCAAUACUUGGGUGCGUUACCACGUGGCGAUUAAUAUUAAUCUUUUCGGACAGUUGUGAGUAACGAGAGCUCGUCCGAUCACAAUGAGUACGGUGAAACAAGAGACGCAUCGACCAGGUGCGCUCAAACAGUCUAAUAAACAACACAAGACUGGAAGACAUCGAAGUAAAAGUGCCAUCAAUAACGAUCUGAAAGGUAAACGGAAUGCUAUCGAAAAGUCGUCUAAACGUUUUGAGAAAACUCUUGGAAAAGAAGCACGUAGAAAUCAAUUGUUGCAACACAGAAAGAAGAAACGUGAGCAAGUAUUUAUGCAAAAGAGAAAUCUCGGUGGCUUCUCUUCAGCGCCUGUCCUCAUCUGCGUUAUACCGUUGCAAAGUGGCAUCGACACGAAGAACAUGAUAUCUGCCGUAACUAGCAUGGGUGAAACUGCUCGUGUUGCUACUAGCCCGAAUGGCAUUACUCACAUCGGCGUACCAAGGCUAAAACAGCGCUUUUCCAUUGUUACGCCACCGACGGGUGACAUUUUUGCGACAUUAGAUGCAGCCAAAGUUGCUACCACGAUACUCUUUGUAACUUGCGUCACGAGUCAAGUCAAUGAUAUGCAAAGAGAAAUUAUAGACGAUUGGGGCAAGGAAAUUGUCGUGUCUUGCCUUGCUCAAGGUUUAUCUUCCGCAAUAGUUGCGGUGCAUAAUAUUCAAAAACUUGACGUAAAGAAACGUCGAGAAUAUAAACAAUCUGUGCAACGUGCAGUCUCGAAAUGGCUACCUGAAGAAAAAGUACUUGAAUUGGACAGUGCAACCGAUUGCUUAAAUAUGUUACGGCGUGCCGGAUCACAAAAGCAAACAAGUUUAUUUUACAAAGAUAUGAGACCAUAUCUUUUAGCCGAACAAGCCUCCUUUGAAUGUGAUCAAGAUUCCCUCGAGUUUGGAAAUCUUCUACUUGGUGGAUAUUUACGAGGCACAACACCAUUAUCGGUCAACGAUCUGGUUCAUGUACCAGGUUUGGGAAAUUUUCAAAUGUCGUGCAUCAAAACAUUGGCAGAUCCUUAUUUAAUUCAUCACGUUGAUGACAAGAUGAAAACUGAAAGGAUUUUCACUGCAGACCCAGAGAAACAGGAAUCCCUCGAAAGUGAAUGUAUGCCUGAUCCAAUGGAUGCCGAACAAACGUGGCCUACGAAAGAGGAACUAGCUGAAGCGGCAGAGAAAAGUAAAAGAAUAGUAAAAGUUGUGCCGAAAGGAACCUCUGAAUAUCAAGCGGCAUGGAUACCGGAUGAAGAUGGAGAGAGCCUCGGUACAUGUUCGGAGGAUGACAAUAUGUCUGUGGAAGAGGUACUGAGAUCUGAAGCAGCUAGUAGCGAAGACGAACAAUAUGAGACUAUUACGAUAUCGGAAGCGCCACUGGAUGAGGAGCGUUACGAUCAGGAUAUCGAUAUGUCUGAAGAAAAGCAAGCCAUGGAAAAGUUCAAAGAAGCGAAAUUGGACGCGCAAUUUCCCGACGAAGUGGAUACACCUCGAAACAUUUUGGCUAAAGUAAGAUUCGAAAAGUAUCGAGGUCUCGAAUCGUUCCGUACUAGUCCGUGGGAUCCGAAGGAAAAUCUGCCGAGUGACUAUGCGCGGAUAAUUGAAUUCGCCGACUACGAUCGCAGGCGGAAACAUAUUUACAAGGAACGCAAGGAUGUCGAAGGUGUUGUGCCGGGGUGUUACAUACAAGUUUGUGUCGCCCACGUUAGCAGAGAAGCUUUCCAGGCAUUUGCUACGGUAGAAGACAAACCGUUAAUAAUGCUCGCUUUACUCCCGUACGAGAAUAAAAUGUCUCUUUUGAACGUCGUGUUGAAACGCACGAGCAACAAGACGAUCGAGUCGAAGGAAAGAUUGAUCUUUCAGUGUGGAUUUAAGCGAUUUGCGGCAUGUCCGGUAUUUAGUCAACAUACAAACGGUGCGAAGCAUAAGUACGAGAGAUACUUUCAGCCCGACUGUACGGUCGUGGCGAGUAUGUAUGCACCGGUAAGCUUUUCACCGUGUCCAGUCCUGUGUUACGUCCAGAGUAAAAGUGGCGAGCUCGAAUUAAUUGCGACUGGUAGCGUGUUGUCUUGUAAUCCCAACAGAAUAAUCCUAAAACGUGUGGUUUUGAGUGGCCACCCGUACAAGGUAAAUAAGAGGUCAGUGGUAGUGCGUUUCAUGUUCUUUCACCGUCAAGAUAUCGAGUGGUUCAAACCGAUCCAAUUGAGGACCAAGUAUGGACGUAGAGGCCAUAUAAAGGAACCGCUUGGUACACACGGACACAUGAAGUGCAUCUUUAAUAACCAAUUAAAGUCUCAAGAUACAGUAUUGAUGAAUUUGUACAAACGAGUUUUUCCAAAAUGGACCUACGAGCCUAUGAGCCAAUAAAGAUUACUUGGUUUCGCUAAA